GUCGAAAUUGUCGAAAAUCCAAGAAAAUAUUUAAUUCAUUCAUUUGUAUUCGAACAGAAGAAGUGGAUGUCAUAAUUUUCAUACGAAUUUAAAUUUCAUUUCUAUCGAUUGUUACUCGUUUAAUGUGUUUAUGUGUAAGAAUAUUAAGAGCAUAAAUUGAAUAAAAAUGUUAAAUUCAUUUUUUAGAGGCCUAUUGGGCACUGACGAGUCCCCGACAAAGGUAAUAGAAGUGCGUUCAGACAAUUAUGUUUCAAGGCCGAUACAUUACAGAGAAGAUUCCAUGUUAUUAUACGGUCCUAAAAUCCAGGAUGGAAAGAAUAAUCCGAAGGACAAAUUUUUUGAAAUUAUUCUAUACAAGCCAUUCACAGAGAGCACACAUGUAAUGUACAGUCUGUUUCGGUCAGAAAACCAAGAAAGUGCAGAGGAGAAGUUUAUUGUGUACAAAGAGAGAAUACCAGUUUACAUCAAAAUAACUAAAGAAUGCACAGUAGCAAGUCUCCAAAAACUAUGCGACACACUAUCCGAGCACCAGUCAUGGUCCAUAGCUCAUCUGGCAGCCCACUUUGGACUCUACGAGCUCUUUAAUGACCCUGACGUCCAAACGCAUCUGAAUGAGGUGGACCCGGCCACUGGAGCUACACCGUUGAUGGUGGCAGUGAAGUCUUGUAACGUGCGCAUGGUUCAAAGCCUGGUCACCCUACAAUGUUCCUUGGACACUGUCGAUCUUGACGGCAACACCGUAUUCCAUUAUGCAGCGGCCAGCAACAAGGAGAUUAUCAAUGCGCUCGCAAGCAAAACAGGGACGUCCCUCAACGUGUACAACAAGCAAGGAUACACGCCAUUGCACAUGGGCUGCCUCGCCAACGCGCCCGACUGCGUGCGAGCGUUACUAUUGGCUGGGGCCGAUGUGAAUCUGCCGGCUAAGCGGCAGUCAACUGCUAAUACCACCAACGCAAUACCGAUACCGGGUAUCGUCGGCGACGUACUCCAAGACAACCUACCCAAACUAUACCAGCAAGACAUGAAGUACGGCGGCACGCCUCUCCACUGGUCCGUGUCUCGCGAAGUCAUCGAAGCCUUGGUGGACAAAAAGUGUGACAUCAACGCGUUGAACUUUGACGGUCGCACCGCGUUGCAUAUCAUGGUUUUAAGGGGAAGAUUGGAGUGUGCUAUUGCGCUGUUGUCUAGAGGUGCGGAACACUCCAUAACAGAUAACGAAGGAAACACCCCCCUACACUUAGCCGUGAAACAGACGAACAUAUCUUUGGUCGAAGCACUGAUAGUGUUCGGCGCUGAUUUAGAAGCGCUCAACAAUUCCGGCUACACCGCCAGACAUAUGGUGCCCUGUGAGAUGUCUAGUAGUAACUACGACAAGAUAUUGUAUGUUCUACACGCCGUAGGAGCUCAGAGAUGUUCAGCGGAAGUGGCCGGCUGCGGGCCCGGAUGCGCAACCCGCGGGGACUAUAACGGCGUCCCCCCGCCCAGUGUACCCCGGCCAGCUUCCCGUGACGUCAUCAGCCACAUGCUCAGCGUCGCGGCCAUGGAGCGCGCCGCCAACUUACCUACUAGCGGCAAGCAGGGACGACUCCUCUGCCUCGACGGCGGCGGUAUCCGCGGUCUAGUCCUAGUCCAAGUCCUAAUCAACCUAGAAGCCGCCAUUGGCCGCCCUAUCAUCCACUGUUUCGACUGGGUAGCUGGCACCAGCACUGGAGGGAUCCUAGCUUUAGCCCUCGCCAGUGGGAAGACGCUGAGAGACUGUCAAAGGCUUUACUUCCGUAUGAAGGAAUAUGCUUUCGUUGGUAUGCGGCCAUACCCUUCAGAGGGUUUGGAGACCAUAUUGAAGGAUAAUUUAGGUACGGAAACCGUGAUGUCGGACCUCACUCAUCCGAAGCUGAUGAUCCUCGCGCUGCUGGCAGAUAGGAAGCCAGUGGAUCUGCAUAUAUUCAGGAACUACCAGUCAGCGCAGGAAAUCUUGGACGCGCAUAAUAAGAUUAGCCCGCUUGUAAACGAGGCGGGCGACGCAAUAGGGCUGGCGCCGCCGCCGCCGCCCAGUCAGCAGCUGGUGUGGCAGGCGGCCCGCGCCACCGGCGCUGCGCCCUCAUACUUCACCGCCUCGGGCAGAUAUCUCGACGGCGGCUUGAUGGGGAACAAUCCUACGCUAGACGCAUUGUCAGAACUUGCAGAAAUGCGACUAGCGCUAAGAGCCACUGGACAAAUCGAGGAAGCACGCAAAACUGACUUGAAGGUUGUGGUUUCGUGUGGAACAGGUAGAAACCCGUUGUGUAAGAUCAAAGACUUCGACGUGUUCAAGCCCGAGAGCGUGUGGGGCGUGGCCAAGCUGGCCUGGGGACUCUCCGCCCUUGGCAAUCUCCUGGUUGAUCAGGCAACACAAUCCGACGGUCGCGUAGUGGAACGCGCCCGCGCCUGGUGUUCAACACUCGGCGCCCCCUACUACCGUUUCUCCCCGCCCUUGUCGAAGGACGUGGCCAUGGACGAGCGGUCGGGCGAGCUGCUGGUGCGCAUGUUGUGGGAGACGCACGCGUACAUGCGCGAGCACCGCGACCGCGUCGCCGAGCUCGCCGCGCUGCUCGCCGAGCCCGCCUGUCAAGAGUCAAAAGGGGAAAAAAAUUGUUAGUCCGUAAGUACAAUAAUUACUUAACAGGUGGAUUUAACCAACUGGCGGAAUUAGACUAACUUAAAUAUUAUAGAUUAAUUGUGUAUAUAAAAAAGUUAUACAUACAGUGAAUAGUACAUUACGAUACAUGUGGGAAAAGUAGGAAAUUCGCAACAAGUAGCGAUAAAUUUAAACACGAACGAAGAGAUUAGCACAAUACGCGCCUGUCGAAAAUUUAAAGGGUCAUAUUUACUGUAAAACGUUAUACAAUACACGCGCGAAAAGGUUAUUCGCAACUCGUGUCGAUGUAAAACACUCCCUUCGGUUGUGUUUCAAUUUAUCGCCACUCGCUGCGAAUUUCCUACUUUUCGUACUUGUAUCGUAAUGUACUAUUUCACCACACCAGCUAGUAAAGGCUCUCUUGAUUGUUCAAAAACUGGUUACAAAGUUGCAUUUUAUCCAGAUAUACGGCAAAGUAAUGAAAUGAAAAUUUUGAGUUGUUUUCUUUGGCUGGUAGAAUUGACUUUUAAAUGAUGACAUUGAUUGAUAAAUAUUUAAUAACAAUAAUUUUGUAUUGAUUUGGUUUGAUUUUGUUUGAUAUUUCAAAGUUAGUAUUUUCCUUGCGCUGGUGUGGUGAAAAAUGUUGUGUUUCACUCGGGGGCAAAACGGUGUUUAACCCCACGAGGGUUAAAACCCCUUAAAACCCUCGCAACGCUCAAGAUUUCACGUUUUAAUUUUGGAAUCUUUCGCUUGCUCGGGUAUCCAUUUUAGCACGAGAGGUUAAACAACAACUUUACCCCCUUGUGAAACUACUAUUGUUGCUAUAUCAAUGAUAUAAUUAUGAUACAUAUUUUAGCUAUGUUGUAUGUUUAUAGUCUCAACUCGCUACACACGUUAUAAGUAGCUUUCGCAUAACAUUUCGUUUAGUGUAUUCGUUCGGGUAUUUAAUAGUAGCAGCGGGCGCAGCAUGGUUCCAUUUUUAUCGCCUGUCGCUAUGCCCGUCAUUUUCGCACUUACAUACUUGUUAGAACGUGACAGAAAAUGCGACCGUGCUGCCGCUAAUGUCUGUUCUGUUUGUGUUGUGUUAAAAUUAAAACUUUUGAUUUGCAAUAUUUGUAGGUAUAUGAAAUGAACUGCGUAAAUAUUGAAUAAAUACAGAAAGUUGAAAUCCUUUGUAUUAGCUUUCUUUAUUCAACUCUAUGCCCUCCGUACAUUUUCGUUUUAGUUUCAUAGCAUAGAUCGUACCUACGUAAAUGUACAAAUCUGUUAGUUUAAUUUAUUAUUUUAUUAUUUGUUGUCUAAUAGAUAAUACACAGUUGUGAUUUAAUUUUAUAUACAUUAAACGGGUGAUUAUUAAACUAGUAGGCAUAGGAAUAACUAGCAUUUUUCACGAAUUAUAGCAGAAUAAUAUGUAUAUACCGUAUAAAGUAACUAUAUUCUCCCUUCUUACUGACCAAUGAAAUUAUAUGACACAUUUCUUACACUCUUAUUCUAAAUUAUAACAAUAUUACGAAUUUAUAUUCGAAUACAAUAUAUUAAAUAUCGAAGAUGAAGGAGGUUAUAACGAUCUUAUGAAAUAUGAUUCAUUUACUUGACACAAUGUAAUCACUAAUGAUAUUCAUCUUUAUAUAUAUAAUUAUAAGGCUUCAAUUCAAUUGUAUUCGAUUGUAGCUCUUGUAUACUUAGUUUGUACGCAUCGCCAGCACAAAUAUCAUUUAAUUAUUGUUGUUAGUAAUGGGUGAUAAAAUUUCAUUAUUUUUACUUUUUUCCGACGUUUCUGCUAGGUUGCACUUCUCUACCCCGAACAUUAAUAUAAACUAAUGUCGGGUAGUUUAGUGUUGUUUACCAAUAUCUCCAUUGACAUUUUGCUGGAACGUCAGUCUUCCGUAACCACAGCUGGUGCAACCUGGCUGAAACGUCGCGAAAAAGGUAAAAUAUUGAAAUUUUAUCGCGUAAGGCCAGGAUUACACUUGUAAGUUUUACUUACGUAAGUAGGGACAAAGCUAUUUGCUAGAAUGAGAUAACCAUAUUCAUAUCUCAUUCUGUAGUAUAGCUGUGUCCCUACUUACGUAAGUAAAACUUACAAUUGUAAUCCUGGCCUUAGACCCGUUAGUAACAUUAAUUAUGUGUACAAAACGAGGGAGUUUAAAGUGUUAUAUUGCAAAUAUCAUUUGUCUAUGUGAAUUCUGUGUAAACAGCUUUAUUGUAUUAAAUUAAUAACGAUGAAUUUAGAAAUAUAUGUGAACAUUUAAUAAAAAGUACUUAUAGAUCAAUAACUACUUUGUUAGCAAAUCACUAUUGUGUUUAACCGCUAUAUAGGUCGUGAUGAAACCUGCCCGUGCUACAAUGCAAUACAAUACCUAUAGUCUGUCAAGCCAUUUUCGUCAGUAGAAAAUAGGGAAUUUAAAAAAUGUAGGCGCGAAGGGUUAUCGUCCCAUAGAAAAUUUGAAUUUCGCGCCGUUUUCAACUGACAAAGUUGUUUGACCGGCUAUACAUGUACUUAACACAUUUAGUGCCAGCGCGUGCUACGCGCUACGAGCGUAGCCGAUAACAUGCAAAUUCUCGUAUAUAAAAAACAGCGACUACGAAUAGAGACCCGACUAUCGGGUCACUGGCACUGCAUGUGUAAAUUUAUGGCACAAAUGUACCGCGAUUGUUAUUAAGUGUACCUUGCAGAUAUACACAUAUACGUUUGGUGAAUAUGUGUAAUAUCAAUAUCGUACAAUAUUUCAUUGCAAGUAUAUCAAAAUAUAUAAGUCGUUGAAAUAUUUUACAUUCGUACGUUUUCCUAGAUGCGAAUUUUGUUAAUUUAAUAAUACAUUUAGUGAAAUUAUCAUGACUUAUGUUAUGUCUCUUGAUAUGUUAUCCAUGACCUACUAAGUUAGUAACUAUUAAUCAAUAACAUUUAACAAAACAAGUGACUUUUGAUUCGAAAAAUUUAUAUUUCUUUCUAUCGAGCGUUACGCCUUGGAACCUAUUUAUUAUUAUUUUAACGGCGAGAAUCCAGCGGAGAUUAAACGAGUUAGCGGAAUGGUGUGUGAAUACAAUAUGUUGACACUACUCCGUUGUAAUAAAUAAGGCCCAGGGGCCUGUUUAUCAAAAGCUUGUAGCUUGUAAUACAAAUGGAAGUCCCAUUUUGACAGCUUUUGAUAGAAAGGGACUUCCACUUGUAUUACAAGCUACAAGCUUUUGAUAAACGGGCCCCAGGUGCUCAAAAAAGUAUGAACACGUAUUCUAGCGCCUUGAUAAUAAGAGGCGUGUUCGGAUAUUUGUCAGCACCUUGGCCGCUCUGAUAUAUCUGAUGGCGACUGUUGGUAAUUUAUGGAUGAAAUGUAAACAAGCUCGAGUAAAAGCACCUAACAUGCUUGUUUAGUUUAAAUUUAUUAACCAAAUUAUUUCGAAAUUUUAUUUGUAGUCAUAAGAUUUAAAAUAAUUCAAGGAGCAAAUGUGAUAAACCUAGUUAAUUUUAUACUGUUGCUCGGCUGGUAACAAUAAAAAGUGAAGUAUCAA